AUGCUUGGCUCCACGUGCUUUUGUUGGAAAUCAAUUACAUUCGAUCAAUCCUUUUCAAAUCACCCUCAAAUCUUUUCUCUUCCUUCACCCCUCCCUCAAUGGCCUCAAGGACAUGGUUUUGCAUCAGGAGUUGUGAAUCUUGGUGAAAUAGAGGUUUUCAAGGUCACAAGUUUUGAUUUCAUUUGGAGCAGUGCUAUACUAAACUCAAAAAAAUUUGUUAUAUUCUAUAAGCCUGUGGGAAUACCUGACAGUUUUCAUAUCCUUGGUCACUAUUGUCAAACAAGUGACAGGCCUUUACGGGGUUUUGUACUUGUUGCGAAGGAAACACGAACUUGUUUGUCUGGAACUAAUGAGGAAGAGUUACCUCCUCUGAGGAAUCCUCUUGAUUUUAAGUUAGUUUGGAGUUCGAAUGAUCCUGACAGUCUUGAAAUUUCGAGUGGAUGCGGUUACUUCUGGCUACCUGAACCUCCCGAAGGUUACAAGGCUGUUGGCUACUUUGUUACAAAUAAGCCGAACAAGCCUGAGUUGGAUGAAAUGUGUUGUGUUCGUGCCGAUCUAACUGACAAAUGUGAACCUUAUCGGGUGGUAUUUGCUGUUAGUUCUAGAACUCCAGAGUUUUCAUUUCAGGUGCGGAGCUCGAGACCUUGUGACCGUGGCAUGCUAGGGAAAGGUGUAUCUGUUGGGACUUUUCUCUGCACUAGCGGUUUGAGCAAUGGAGAAGAGGACCAUGUUGCAUGCUUGAAGAAUCUGAAUCCUGCGAUACCAUCAAUGCCUAAUUUGCAACAAAUUCACGCACUUAUUGAGCAUUAUGGUCCUACUCUUUUCUUUCAUCCUGAGGAAAUUUACUUGCCUUCUUCUGUUGAUUGGUUUUUCAACAAUGGAGCCCUUUUGUACCGAAAGGGUGUGUCUGCAGGAGAGGGAAUCGAUGCAGCCGGCUCAAAUUUACCUUGCGGAGGGUCAAAUGAUGGCCAAUUUUGGAUAGACCUGCCCAGUGAUGAUCGGAGGGAUUUCGUCAAACGCGGGGACAUAAAAAGUGCAAAGCUUUAUAUUCAUGUGAAACCAGCUCUUGGCGGGACUUUUACAGACAUUGCAAUGUGGAUAUUUUGCCCCUUCAAUGGGCCAGCCACUUUGAAAGUUGGACUUAAGAAUAUUCCUUUGAGCAAGAUUGGCGAGCAUGUUGGCGAUUGGGAGCAUUUCACACUUCGUAUAUGCAACUUUGCCGGAGAGCUCUAUAGUAUAUACUUCUCCCAGCACAGUGGCGGCGAAUGGGUGGACGCGUGUGACUUGGAUUAUACUGAUGGCAAUAAAGCUAUUGUUUACUCGUCAAAAAGCGGACAUGCAAGUUACCCUCGUCCUGGAACAUAUAUCCAAGGGUCUUCAAAACUAGGGCUUGGCAUUAGGAACGAUGCUGUUCGUAGUAAUUUUUACGUGGAUUCAAGUAUCCAUUAUGAGAUUUUUGCGGCUGAAUAUCUCGGAAAUGCUGUCGCUGAACCUAAUUGGUUGCAGUUUAUGAGAGAGUGGGGUCCCAAAAUUGUUUAUGAUUCAAAAACUGAGUUGGAUAAGAUUAUCAACGCGCUUCCUCACAUGCUUCAGUCUUCGAUGAGAAACUUGUUUAACAAGCUUCCAGUGGAACUUUAUGGCGAGGAAGGUCCUACAGGACCAAAAGAGAAAAAUAAUUGGAUACAAGAUGAGAGAUGGUAG